UGUAGUUGAUUGCUAUAGUGUGUGUGUGUGUGUGUGUGUGUGUGUGUGUGUGUGUGUGUGUGUGUGUGUGUAUGUGUGUGUGUGUGUGUGUGUAAACGCAAUGCAAAUAGAUAUACUACAUCUGUUGGCUUUGUUAGACAGAAAGAUCUCUUCAUAACCAUGCAUGGAUUGCUUAGAUGGGUUGGAUACCUGAAAUGCUGCUACAAUUAGACGGAUAAAGUUAACAAGAUUUUCAGCAGCGUGAUAAAAGUGUCAGAUUGUAUUUUAAUAUCUAAAUAUGUUUUAUAAUUUCCACCUUCUCUGUUGGAGCUCAACAGGUAAUGCUAAAUUUGCACAUAUACAAUGCGUUUUCUUGGUAAUUAUAUGUUUGUAUGGUAUCGCUACUAAAUUGCCAACAUGCCAUAGUGAUAAUAGGCUUAGAAGACUAGUCGCGUUUUUAGCUUAAUUAAAGCGUUAUGGAAAGAACAAAUAAUGGAAGACCUAUACCUCACACUAAUCACUGAUCUAGCACUGUUCAUCUUCAUGGAUGUCAUUGGCAAAUCUGAUCGAGGAUCUUGGAAUUAUUAGGCAUUUGCUAACAGUUCAUUUGAAAAACGUACGUUUUACACAGUGAAGCAGACUAACGAUACAGAAACCAUGCAUAAACGAGCAUUUUCGGAACCAACCAGUGCGCUCUUAACGAAAGGGUAUUUACCCUAGGCUUCAGAGCACGUGACGUUCUAAACAAUUGCUAGUAUCUUAUUCUAGGCGUUCUCGAUUGUUGAGAUCUAUAGAUAAAUAUCUAAACUGGACUUGGGCGCAAGCAACUUCUGAGAAUAGCGCAAGUGCAGCUACACCAGCUACACCCUGUUACCGACAUUCUCUUAAUAGUCAAAGGUUGUUUUUUUGAGUCAAAUUUGCUGCUGACUGCAUCGCCUCUCAAGUCUUCUUCUAUGAUAUCUCGUCCUUUUAUACGGGUUCCAGCCUAAACUGGUUACUUAUCCACUCAUGCCGAAGGUUCCAUGUGUAUUUGUAUCCGUUGACAAAUUGAAUGCGCAUAGACAAAUAGUCUAACCGCAAGUCCAUGAUGCAAUGAUUUGCAAUAGAUGCAGGCGUGACUUGCUGUCUCAAGAGGGUAUAAUAGGGCAGCGAGCCAAUCUUUGUUCUAUAGACUGAAAGGAUCACCAGCUGAGUGGCUGUUAUCACACCAUGAGACUUUGGCUUGUCUGCUUGCUAUUUGAGCUCUUGACAGUUGCGACUCGAUGUACAAUUGCUGUCAUCACUCAGGCCCAAUUCCUCUCGGAUGAUGAGUCUACACUCUAUCCUCUACAAUCUGGAAAGAAGGAUCGAGUGCGGAAACCACAGAUGAGAACGAUUUCGAAGAGCGGGUCUAGUGAAGUGAACUCCCAGUCGUCUCAAACGUCCCUCCUUCGUUUAUCAUCUCGUUUUGAGAGCAGAACAGAUAAUUUCCCAACAACUAGUUUGCAGUUUAGGAGCAAUGGUAGUCCCUGUUUUCCUGCAGUUUACGCUGUUACUCUGCAGAACGGUCACUGUUCACGUCGAGUUUCAACAAAGAUGUGUUAUGGACAGUGUACAAGCUACAGCCACCUUAGUAGAAAACCUCUCAGUUUGCUUACUGAACAGAUCGAUGUCGAGAGUGUUUGCAAUUGUUGCUCUCCGGUUGGGAACGUGUCUGUCAAGAGAUACACGUUGCUUUGUACAAUCGGUGGACGCAGAAUCAAUAAAGCUUUCUACCUUCCUCAAGUCAACAAGUGCAGAUGUAGGCCUUGUCUUAGUAAUUAAUCCAGACUGACGAUUCUAAAUCAGUUGAGGUGUGGGAAUCAAUUGUCGUUCGAUACAAAUGCAUACUGAUUGCAUGAGAUUAGCUUGGAUAGCGUCUAUGAUCUUUGUGUUUUGCAUUAGAGAGUAUUUAUAGUUUUGAUUUGACGAUAAUAUUUGAUAUAAAUAUGAAUAGAUUUGAUUCAGACAAACUGUCUGGAAAU